AUGAAGAAGUUGAUUGCUUCUAUUGAGGAGCAUGUCGCUUUCUAUGGACCUAAUGGUUGCGACGUCGAGUCAUUGUGGCCCGUUAUGCAAGCGAUCGAGGCGACAAAGUCAAAGUGUUGGCGUGUCUUGGUUGGAAUGAAAUCGCUCGAGUUUUAUAACGACAACCAAAAGCUCGAUCGACCACGCGAUAUGAAACUUGAACACGCUGACAGUAUACGAGUUGUUGCCCCCGCCGAGCUUCGUAAAAAGGUCCUUUUGCGAUAUGCACCGCAGCAGAAUCCAAAUCUUACACUCAAUGCGAACCAGUUUGCUGUACUCGACAAGAUUGCAAACACACGGCGUGAUGGCAUCCUUCAAAUUCAAGUUGCACGUGAACUUGGUGUGGAUUCUCGGGCUGUGUAUCCAGUCAUCAAGCGUUUGGAGGAACAUGGAUUAAUCAUCAAAACACGUGUAUCCACCAACAAGACAUGGACGAAUCUUUUACAUCAUAUUCGAUUUUCACCGGAUGAGAUGGUCACUACGCCUACAAUGGAUCUCCAAGGCAUUAUUCACUAUGAUACGCUGCAAAAGCAAUUGGUCAAUGUGCUAUCCGAAGCAAAAGACGACAUGAUUCCCAUGGCUGAAUUAUUCAAGAUAUUUGGUUUUACGACAAAGCAGCAGAAAAAGUGGAUGAGUCGAUUCUUUGUGCGUGCCAUUGAGGAAGGAUACAUUGAAAAGAAGCGAUUGGUGAUUGAUGGCAUCAAGACUGUUUGCAUCAAAUUGCUGCAUUCACCCAUCCAAAAAGAAGAGCAAGAAGCCGCGCCCAAGCCAGAAGAAGAUACUGAAUCAUCCAGCUCAAAGAAGAGGAAGCGACAAUAUGGCCAGCUUUAUGGAAAGGAGUUGCAAGAUCGCAUUGUGCAAGUGAUUGGUGAAGCAAAUGACAAGGGAAUGACACGUAGGCAAGUGGAGCAUGCCCUUCCAGAAGCUACACCAAGUGCCAUCAAACACUUUCUCAAAAGCAUCAUCAGCAUGAACAAUGACAACGACAAGGAUCAGCAGCUUUUUCAUGUCAUUGAAGCUCAGGGACGUGGUCGUUGUUAUCGCUACUUUACACGGGUUGGCCUCGACACUUUUCUCAGCAACCGCGGUCAGAUAUUAGCCGGUCCCAAUCAUGAUCAAGAGGGUUGUGCGGAUGAAAACGAGACAUCAGCAUCAGCAGCUGUACCUGAAGAGCGAGAGAAGGAUGAUGAUACAUCAAAUGGCACCAAACGGGCAUUGACAACCACAACCAAUGAGACACCACCACCACCACCUUCAAAGAGGGUCAAGACAGUAACAGAGGGUGGAUUUACCAAGGGCACGCGACAAUCCAUGAAAGGCACCAAUGUCACUAUGGACAAUCGAAGAAAUGCCAUGGCAACCAUUGUCUUGCGCGACAAAGUACGCGAGUUGCAUGGUGAUUUAAGAGAGGAAAUUAUGGUACAAGCGGGUGAAGCGGAUAGCAACCAUGUGAUAGCAAGAGCGACCUUGAUGCGGAUGGCAGAGCGAUUGGAGAAGAGCAACGUGAUCCGUAUUAUGAAAACGGCAGUGCCUACAAUGACGGGUGCCAUCGAGACAAAGAUUCUUUUGCUUCACCCUGAUGUGGGCGACAAUGAUGAGAUUGUAAAGCAAUACAUGGAACGGCUGAGGAUGAAUCGCAUGGUCAAGCCCAUUGUUUGCAGGAAAUUGCCUGAGCUUGAAGUUUAUGACAGAGGAGAAUCAGCAACACCUUCCACAUCGAAUGAAAUGACACCUAGACAACAUGCCGCAUUGCAAAAGGUGUAUGGUGCUCCUGACAAGUAUUGGCGUGAAGUUGCUUUGCGUCAUGGUUGGCUUAGUUCGAGAUGGCUACGCGCUCGUGUGUUGCAUGAAUAUCUCUUUGAUCAGAAAAACAGCAUGGAUGCCGUUGAUUUUGGAAACGUGAUUUCGCAUAUGCCACUGGAUGUUUAUCGUAAAGCAUUUGGUAUUUGCAGCUACACCGAGGAAGCCGAAGAGUUUUUACGCAACAAUGACAACCCAGAGAUACCCCUUUCCAUGAUACCAUCCAAUUUGCAUCCUACCAUUAUCACCAGCACGAGUCGAUUAAGGCACCGUUUAUUCAAGUUGUUGGCUAUUCUGGAAGCAUUGGAAUUGAUGGAACCACACACCUUGACGCGCCCAACAACAGCCACAGAAGAGCGACCUACCAUCACCUUGACACGCAUUGGUAGAAUACGCAACUUUUUGGAUGCAUCACGGCCUAUCCUCAAAGAAAUUGAGUUCCACUCACUCGACAAUGUCAAGGCAUUUUGGGAUGAAUUACAAUUCACGUGCACUUGUGAACACACUCGAACCACAGGGACCCCUCGUGGCCAAGGUGAAAAGGAAGAUUUGCUAAGUUCCAUCACCAUAGCCAGAACAUGGGGUAUCCAUAUCCUAUUGAAUCCUCAGCAGCGUCAGCUACUUGAAUCGCAUGUGGAUCGCACCAAAGGAAAAGCACCUUGUGACGAUGACAAGUUGAUUUUGCAUUUAUCACGACAAGUAUCAUUAGCGCCUUCUCGUGUCAAGCGGUACUUUGAAGGGAUCAUGCGGCUGCAUCAUGGUGGUCCUAGCAGUGGCAGCAGACCGGCUCGAAAAACGCGCCCUCCAGAGGUUGUUAGCAAUCUUAUCAAAUCGGCCAUCUCAGGAGAAAGCGUACAGGCUUACAAGUCAAACAACAUUGAGCAGACAUUUACUCCCACUCGACGCUACUUGAGACAUCGAUUUCCAACAUCCAAUACAGCAGAUUUGUCACGUCCCAAAAAGUAUAGAAAGUGGAAGAAAACGGAGCAAGAUGUCCUCAUCCAUGCUUUUACCAUCAUGCGUCAACGUGCCGAUGCACUCCAUAUUCCGAUAGCAUGGAGGCCGAUUGAACAAGUUUUACCGGGUUGGGAUUAUGAGACGUGUCGACGGCGUUUGCAUCAUAUGAAGAGUCAUUCUCCUCAUCUUGGACAAGAUUUGGUCAACUUGAAGCAACAAUGGAUAAAGAUCUACAAUGAUGGCAUUCGAUCUGGUGAAUUGGUGGAUGAUCGGCCUUGGGAUGUUGUCGAUUUUGAUUUACCAGGGCAAUUGGAAUAUUUUGUAACCAAGUUACAUGCAUCACCGGUCCAGAUAAAUGCAUCAUUGGAUCGUUUACCGGAUCAUCGACAAGAACUUUUGGAUCUCUACAACAUCGUUUCCAGGAUACCCUAUCAGCACAUGGAAACCAUGCUCACUGUACACGGUGAUCGGAGGAACCUUCAACACGAUCCCACUUGCUCAAGAAUCACGCAUAUUGCUGUGUUGAUCAAGAUGGUGCUGUUGACAGCAACGAGCGAUUACGACCCGAAGAUUGCUCAUACAUUAUUGGAACGAUUCAGUCAGCAGGAAACGAUGGAUGCAACUCGAUACUUGCGUGAUGCAGGGGUACUGAUCAAGAACAGAAGCUUUGGUGCAAAUCGAAUGAUCCCAGGUCGACAAUACAAUUUUUCGGAAAAGUUCUUGAAGAAGUUUACUUGCUCGUUUUAUCCCUCUCGGUUACUACAACAGUCAAGUGAUUUUUAUCAAGGAUUGCAACCCAAGAUAGACCUAAACAAGGAUCAAAUAUCGGGAGGAGCUAUGGCUGUUAUAUUGGACAUGCUAUCUACGGAUCAGAUGAAACUCAACAUGAGAGAUGAAGAGCAAUACUUUAAGGCGCAUUACAAUUCCACAUUGGCCGAAGUUGUUGAUGAUAAUCUUUCUGCAAAAUGGAUUAAUCAGGGAUUUGAUGUUAUCCUCGAUACCAACAAGCCCUCCAUAUCCCAUGAGCAACAUGCCGAGCCAUUCGAUACCGAUACUUUUAUGCCACCUAUGGAAGCAGUCGAUGCAUUGGAUUCAGAUACCCGUUCUGUGUACGAUUUGAUUGACCAUUAUGGAAAAGAUGGGGCCACACUGCCUCUGCUCAAAGGCCAACUUGACAUACCGGAUAGCAAGAUAAUACAGGCGACCCAGCAACUAAUAUUGGAGUCAUUGGUUAUCCGCGUUGGCUUCUCGGAUUUGCGUCUCGUCACCUAUCGACAUGUUGGCCAUUGGGCGAUCCCACUUGAUGACAGCAAGCAUUUUCAUCCUCGAAUGUGGCGCAAUAUUCAUGGAAAGACAAUUCCCACUGUAUUGGAAGGAUGUGCAGAAGCUGUACUCCAGCAUAUUUUAUCAACGCCGGGUAUCAAGCAGUCUCAAUUGUGCGACAUCUUUGAAGGAUACAUGGCUAAGACCGAAAUGAUGGAUGUGUUGCAAUAUCUGGAACAGCGACAUGCUAUCAAGAGCAAGCAGUUUCAUGAAGUGAAAAAGGUUGGGCUCUUUGGACGGCGUGUAUUUAGCAAGUCAUUAGAUAAUGAUAAGAUAGCUCACGAUAGCGUCAUCCAUUAUUGGCCUUUAGCUGGAUACUACAAGUCCAUACAAGUUUCGAGAUGA